UGGAAACUCCGAGAACGAACCCACUUGACAGUUUUACCCCUGACACUUCCUUCAAUUUACAUGACGCUACUUUGUUCUUUCGUACUUAACCUUUUCAACUUACCGUUUGGACCCAAUCAUCGGCAAUCAAAGCAUGGAGCGCGGGAAUAUGGAGGCGGCGCCGGAGGAAUACCGGCGGAGUUCCGGCGAACCGGGGGCGGAGGAGGCGAAAGUGUUCAGGGGGAAUGAAGUAUUCGGCGAGUCGCCAUCAUCCAACUUUUUGAAGACGAUUUUGGCGUUGGCGUUGUGGCUGGGAACUAUUCAUUUAAACGCAGCGUUGAUGCUCUUCGCAGUUCUCUUCCUUCCUCUCUCCAAAGCACUCUUGGUUUUUGGUUUGCUUUUUGUGUUGACGGUGAUUCCUGUUGGUGAAAAGAGCAAAUUUGGUCGAAAAUUGUCCAGGUACAUAUGCAGACACGCUUGCGGUUACUUUCCCAUCACGCUUCACGUAGAAGAUAUAAAGGCCUUCCUUCCAAAUCGUGCUUAUGUUUUUGGUUAUGAACCACAUUCAGUUUUGCCAAUUGGUGUUGUUGCACUAGCUGACAACACAGGUUUUAUGCCGCUUCCAAAAAUAAAAGUUCUUGCUAGCAGUGCGAUAUUUUAUGCACCAUUUUUGAGACACAUAUGGACAUGGCUGGGUCUGACACCAGCCACAAAGAAGAACUUUAUCUCCCUGUUGGAUGCGGGCUACAGUUGCAUCCUAAUACCUGGUGGAGUGCAAGAAACCUUUUUAAUGGAGCACAGUUCUGAGGUUGCCUUUCUCAAGGCAAGGAGAGGAUUUGUCCGCAUAGCUAUGGAGAAGGGCCAUCCCCUGGUUCCAGUUUUCUGCUUUGGACAGUCAGGUGUCUAUAAGUGGUGGAAACCAGGCGGGAAGUUAAUUCUGAAUUUUUCGAGGGCGAUCAAGUUCACACCAAUAUAUUUUUGGGGAAUUUUCGGAUCUCCGUUACCAUUUAAAAAUCCAAUGCAUGUGGUGGUGGGUAGACCAAUUGAGCUCGAGAAAAAUCCAAAGCCAACGACUGACGAGGUUGCUAGAGUACAUAAUCAGUUUGUUGAAGCACUUCAAGAUCUUUUUGAGCGGCACAAAGCUCGAGCUGGAUAUCCAAACCUUGAGUUGAGAAUUGUUUGACAAGGCCGUAACUUCGAGCCAUAUUUUCAUGGUGUAAUUAUAAGUAUCUCCUCUUAGAUUAGUGUAUGUUUGGGAGUUUGGAAGAUAAUGAAGUGGUUUGGAAAUGGCAUUGAAGAGUAAAAAAGAAAAUGUCAUCAUCAUAUUGUAUGUAAUAAGUGGCGGGAAAUUACAAUGGUAAUUAUUAAUUAAUAAAGUAGAAUAUAUUUAUGGGCCAUGAGCCCUUAAACCUAGGGGUGGUAAUCAGGGGUUUUUACCCACCUCGUGGAGUCUUAAAUUUACAUGUCUAAAAUUGAUUAUUGGGAUUAUGUUUGGAUUUGUAUAAAAGCUCGUUUAAUAAAAUGGUUUCAAGCUCUAAUUUAAA